AUGCCCAUCGAGGUUCCCAUUGCCGAAAUACAGAGCCGGCAGAUGGUUGACUGCCGUGCCGGUACGCGUACGGGUCCGGGCACGUUGCCAGCGCAUUCCAUUAUCGCCCGUCGUCAACCCGGGCCCAACCAUCUGAGUUCCGAACUGAUCGACCUCGUUGACAUGUUCCAGCCGCUCGAGACCGGCCCCAGCCUCAGAGAGCCCAGGGAGCAGCCGUGGAACCCGGCAGAUUGGCGACACGAGCCUCAGCUUUCCGUCCGUCUGUGA